AUGAUCGCAGCUGCAUAUCAAUGUUUGCCGUCACCCCAGUAUUCGUGGCAGGUAUCGCGAACGUCUGGAACCUGGAGGCCAAUGAAAGCUGUCUCAGACGCAGAGAUGGGGUCAUACUCGCGUGGAGAAGUGCAGUAUGCAACCACCGAAGCGGGGGUGUCGGGUGAGCCUCACCGAGCCCUUCUUUUGCAGCUAUGGCGCAGUUUUCUCCUACCCCUCGCCCUGGUUUAUUUUGCGGAGUACAGCAUCAAUCAAGGGGUGUUACCGACUUUUGACGGGAGCCCCUAUUUCCGUGAAGUCGGAUCUUUGGAUAAUGCACCAGCAAGUGGUGACCAUGGACUCUACCGGCGUUUUCAAGUUAUCUACCAGGUGGCAGUUUUCGUCUCGCGUAGCAGUAUAGCGGUUGUGCGAAUCAGCCGGUUGUGGAUUUUUCCUGUUGUACAAGGCAUGAAUCUCACGCUCCUCUCGGCAGCUGCUUCUGGAUCGCGGUUUUUCACGAAGGGCUUCUUCUCGAGUCGAGCCAUUGGAUGCAUCGUCUUUCUUGAGGGUCUACUCGGUGGUGCAUCCUACGCCAAUACCUUCUGGAGUAUUCGACAUGGGACCCAUCCGCAGGCACGGGAAUGGGCACUGGCCGUUUCAACGGUUGCAGAUGCGGCUGGCAUCGCAGCAGCGAGUGUUUUUGCAAGCUUUUUGGAGUGUCGACUUCUCGCCGCACAGGGACGUGCUUGUAACGGCUUCUUAGAAGGCGCCUCUGCUCGAGCGUAUCGAGAACGAAUAGGAACGGCCGCUUGGAAGCAGUCUUCUCUAAUGUAUAGCUCUUGA